AUGAUGCCGAUGCAACGAGGCCCGGUUGCAUUCACACAGUCCCUGCUGCUGGUCGGGCUGGUCGGAAUGUGCUUCGGGAUGAGCGACGAGUACGGCCGUGAUGUUGCGCCCUACGGAGGCGGCGGAGCGUCGCACGACCGUCAACCUUUCAUGAUGAUGCAUGGGGGGUAAGUAACAUGGUUGUCAGAUCUGAGCGACUUCUUUCUCAAGAUUAAUGCAAUUUGAAUGCGAAAGAUUUAAGAUUGCAAAUCGCAAACACGCAUUCCGUUGGUGCGGUUGCAUAAUGGCUUUUGUAUAAAAACUUAUAUGUCUAUAUAUUUACAUUGAGCUUUUUUUACGUUUUUUUUUUCAAAAUUUAGCUUCCAAGCACAAGAAAAUUUAUUUUUUUUCAUCUUAUUCUACUUAUAUCAUUCCUAAGCUUCUCCCUUUAUUAAAAAUUCCCCGGCUAUUCCACGAAAAAAUUAUCGAAUUAUUAUCGAGCCUGUUCCCUCCGCUUUUAUUCUAUUUUUAUCUCAUUUACAGUUUUCAUCUUUUCAUCUAUUAAUAUAUUCAUUUACCUAUUCAUGCACUUAUACCACGUGCAUGAGAUGAGUCUUCUCAGGAGAAGACGCAAACUAAUCCCUCCAUAUGAAUUCGCCCUAAUUGGACGCCGAAUUUAUAGUAGCGCCGCUUUGGUGUUGUUGUCUAAAAAUGCGUUCGUUCGUCUGGGAUUAGAAACCACAUGUUUUAAAGUGGACGAUUUUGCGGAAAGGUUAACAGGUUGAUGCCAAAAAAAAGUUUUUAAAAAUAGAUUAAAUUUACUAAAAUGAUAUUUUCAAAAACCAAAACAGUUGUUGCAAUUUCAGGCCGUAGCUCACCCCUUAUCGAUUGCAGCUAUUGGGCUUAGGUGCGACGACGAUGAAGCGAGAUAUUUUGAUGCGACGAGUCCACACAAUUUUUUGAUAAAGUGAUUUUUGUGGAUAUCAUUGUAAUAGACAAGCUAAAGUUAUUCAGUAUGACUUGCUGUUUACAAGAAGAUACAGUCGACACUUGUUUAGAGGCACGGGUUUGCCGGCUUUAUAAAUAUAGACACACUUUACCUUGCUUAGGCGAACUUCAACAUAAUUUCUGACAAACUGCAAAGGAAUAUACUCCAAUGGACUUUUAAGUCUUAUAAUCUUUUGCUUUCAGUGUGCUUCACGAGCCUCAGUUAAGCGGCCGACCGUUGGUUUUGCGAAUUCUGGCUGAGGCCGCUUCUACUCCCAGUGCACCCGCCCAUCAUCAUCGGCCUUGGCGCAGCUCACAACACGGCAACAUGGCGUGGGAACGUCUUGGCUGGGGUUGGUGA